CUUUUUCUCCCCUUCUUCGGAAGGUUUUAUCCAGGGGUCGGGGAAAGAGGCACAAACAACAGAAGUGGAAACCAGUUAAUGACCAGCCACAGAGGCUCUGCUGGAAGCACCGGCCAUUGCCUCCAAGGGCGAGCCACAAGCAGGUUGCUGUGGGUGCCCACUGAGGUAACAUGGCUUGUUGGCCUCAGUUGAGGUUGUUGCUAUGGAAAAACCUCACUUUCCGAAGAAGACAAACAUGUCAGCUCUUGCUGGAAGUGGCCUGGCCUCUGUUUAUCUUCUUGAUCCUGAUUUCUGUCCGGCUGAGCUACCCGCCCUAUGAACAACAUGAAUGCCACUUUCCAAAUAAAGCCAUGCCCUCCGCAGGAACACUUCCUUGGGUUCAGGGGAUUAUCUGUAAUGCCAACAAUCCUUGUUUUCGUUACCCAACUCCUGGUGAGGCUCCUGGAGUGGUUGGAAACUUUAACAAAUCCAUUGUGUCUCGCCUCUUCUCAGAUGCCCGGAGGCUUCUUCUGUAUAGCCAGAAAGACACCAGCCUGAAGGACAUACACAAAGUUUUGAGAACAUUACAGCAGAUCAAGAAUUCCAACUCAAGUUUGAAGCUUCAGGAUUUUCUGUCAGACAAUGAAACCUUUUCUGGCUUCCUGCAUCACAACCUUUCUCUCCCUAAGCCGUUUGUGGACAACAUGCUGAAGGCUAAUGUCAGUCUCCACAAGGUUUUUCUGCAAGGCUACCAGCUACGUUUGACCAAUCUGUGCAAUGGAUCAAAAUUAGAAGAGGUGAUUCCACUUGACGACCAAGAAGUUUCUGAGCUUUGUGGUCUACCGAGGGAGAAACUGGAUGCAGCAGAGCGAGAGCUUCGUUCCAACAUGGACAUCCUGAAGCCCAUUGUGAGAGAACUAAACUCCACAUCUCCCUUCCCAACCAAGCAGCUGGCUGAAGCCACAAAAGUUUUGCUGGAUAGUCUUGGGGCUUUGGCCCAAGAGCUCUUCAGCAUGAGGAGCUGGAGCGACAUGCGACAGGAGGUGAUGUUUCUGACCAACGCCAAUGGCUCCAGCUCCUCCACUCAGAUAUACCAGGCUGUGUCGCGGAUUGUCUGUGGCCAUCCGGAGGGCGGGGGACUGAAGAUCAAGUCUCUGAACUGGUAUGAAGACAACAAUUACAAAGCCCUCUUUGGAGGCAACGGCACUGAGGAAGAUGCUAACACCUUCUAUGACAACUCCACCACGCCUUAUUGCAAUGAUCUGAUGAAGAAUUUAGAGUCCAGUCCUCUUUCUCGUAUCAUCUGGAAAGCUCUCAAGCCUCUGCUCAUUGGAAAGAUCCUGUAUACACCUGACACUCCAGCCACGAGACAGGUUAUGGCUGAGGUGAACAAGACGUUCCAGGAGCUGGCUGUGUUCCAUGAUCUGGAAGGCAUGUGGGAAGAGCUCAGCCCCCAAAUCUGGACCUUCAUGGAGAACAGCCAAGAAAUGGACCUUGUCCGGACACUGCUGGAUAGCAGGGGCAAUGAACCCUUUUGGGAACAGAAGUUGGAUGGCUUAGGUUGGUCAGCCCAAGACAUUGUGAUGUUUCUGGCCAAGCACCCAGAGGAUGUCAAGUCGGCUAAUGGCUCUGUAUAUACCUGGAGAGAAGCUUUCAACGAGACGAACCAGGCCAUCCAGACCAUUUCUCGCUUCAUGGAGUGUGUCAAUCUCAACAAACUGGAACCCAUAGCAACUGAAGUCCGGCUCAUUAACAAGUCCAUGGAGCUACUGGAUGAGCGAAAGUUCUGGGCCGGAGUUGUCUUCACUGGAAUUACUCCGGACAGUGUUGAGCUGCCCCCUCACGUCAAGUACAAGAUCCGAAUGGACAUUGACAAUGUGGAGAGGACUAAUAAAAUCAAGGAUGCGUACUGGGACCCUGGUCCUCGGGCUGAUCCCUUUGAGGAUAUGCGGUAUGUCUGGGGAGGCUUCGCGUACUUGCAGGAUGUGGUGGAGCAAGCGAUCAUCAGGGUGCUGACCGGCACUGAGAAGAAAACUGGUGUUUAUGUGCAACAGAUGCCCUAUCCCUGCUAUGUAGAUGACAUCUUCCUGCGGGUGAUGAGCCGGUCGAUGCCUCUUUUCAUGACGUUGGCCUGGAUUUAUUCUGUGGCUGUCAUCAUUAAGGGCAUUGUGUAUGAGAAGGAGGCACGGCUGAAGGAGACCAUGCGGAUCAUGGGCCUGGACAAUGGCAUCCUCUGGUUUAGCUGGUUCAUCAGCAGCCUCAUCCCUCUGCUUGUGAGUGCUGGCCUGCUGGUGGUCAUCCUGAAGUUAGGAAACCUGCUGCCCUACAGUGAUCCCAGCGUGGUGUUUGUCUUCCUGUCUGUGUUUGCUGUGGUGACCAUCAUGCAGUGCUUCUUGAUCAGUACGCUCUUCUCCAGAGCCAACCUGGCCGCAGCCUGUGGGGGCAUCAUCUACUUCACGCUGUACCUGCCCUAUGUCCUCUGUGUGGCCUGGCAGGACUACGUGGGCUUCGCACUCAAGAUCUUCACUAGCCUGCUGUCUCCUGUGGCUUUUGGGUUUGGUUGUGAAUACUUUGCCCUUUUUGAGGAACAAGGUGUUGGGGUGCAGUGGGAUAACUUCUUUAAGAGCCCUGUGGAGGAAGAUGGUUUCAAUCUCACCACUUCAGUCUCCAUGAUGCUGUUUGAUGCCUUCCUGUACGGGGUGAUGACGUGGUACAUCGAGGCUGUCUUUCCAGGCCAGUAUGGCAUUCCCAGACCCUGGUAUUUCCCAUGCACCAAGUCCUAUUGGUUCGGUGAGGAAAGCAAUGAGAAGAAGCACCCCGGUUCAAGCCAGAAGGGAAUAUCAGAAAUUUGUAUGGAAGAAGAGCCCACCCACUUGAAGUUGGGUGUGUCCAUUCAGAACCUGGUGAAGGUUUACCGGGAUGGCAUGAAAGUGGCUGUUGAUGGCUUGGCACUGAAUUUCUAUGAGGGCCAGAUCACCUCCUUCCUGGGACACAAUGGAGCAGGGAAGACGACCACCAUGUCCAUCCUGACUGGACUCUUCCCUCCCACCUCGGGCACGGCCUACAUCCUGGGGAAGGACAUCCGCUCGGAGAUGAGCACCAUUCGGCAGAAUCUGGGUGUCUGUCCCCAGCACAAUGUGCUGUUUGACAUGCUGACUGUGGAAGAGCAUAUCUGGUUCUAUGCCCGCCUCAAAGGGCUCUCUGAGAAGCACGUGAAAGCAGAGAUGGAACAGAUGGCGCUGGAUGUUGGCUUGCCACCCAGCAAGCUGAAGAGCAAAACAAGUCAGUUGUCAGGUGGAAUGCAGAGGAAACUGUCUGUGGCAUUGGCCUUUGUCGGGGGGUCCAAGGUUGUCAUUCUGGAUGAGCCCACAGCUGGUGUGGACCCUUAUUCCCGCAGGGGAAUAUGGGAGCUGCUGCUGAAAUACAGACAAGGCCGCACCAUUAUUCUCUCUACACACCACAUGGAUGAAGCGGACAUCCUGGGGGACAGGAUCGCCAUCAUUUCCCAUGGGAAGCUGUGCUGUGUAGGCUCCUCCCUGUUCCUGAAGAACCAGCUGGGAACAGGCUACUACCUGACGCUGGUGAAGAAAGAUGUGGAAUCCUCUCUGAGUUCCUGCAGAAACAGCAGCAGCACUGUGUCAUAUCUGAAAAAGGAGGACAGUGUUUCUCAGAGCAGUUCUGAUGCUGGCCUGGGCAGCGACCAUGAAAGUGACACGCUGACCAUCGAUGUCUCUGCUAUCUCCAACCUCAUCAGGAAGCAUGUGUCUGAAGCUCGGCUGGUAGAAGACAUUGGGCAUGAGCUGACCUAUGUGCUGCCAUAUGAAGCUGCUAAGGAAGGGGCUUUUGUGGAACUCUUCCAUGAGAUUGAUGACCGGCUCUCAGACCUGGGAAUCUCUAGUUAUGGCAUCUCAGAAACCACCUUGGAAGAAAUAUUCCUCAAAGUGGCUGAAGAGAGUGGAGUGGACGCUGAGACCUCAGAUGGUACCUUGCCAGCAAGACGGAACAGACGGGCCUUUGGAGAUAAGCAGAGCUGUCUUCGCCCUUUCACUGAAGACGAUGCCAUGGAUCCAAAUGAUUCCGACUUAGACCCAGAAUCCAGAGAGACGGACUUGCUCAGCGGGAUGGACGGCAAAGGCUCCUACCAGGUGAAGGGCUGGAAGCUCACCCAGCAGCAGUUUGUGGCCCUUUUGUGGAAACGGCUGCUGAUUGCCAGACGGAGUCGAAAAGGAUUCUUUGCUCAGAUUGUCCUGCCAGCUGUGUUCGUCUGCAUUGCCUUGGUGUUCAGUCUGAUUGUACCACCGUUUGGCAAGUAUCCGAGCCUGGAGCUUCAACCCUGGAUGUACAAUGAACAGUACACAUUUGUCAGUAAUGACGCUCCAGAGGACACGGGCACCCAGGAACUGUUGAAGGCUCUCACCAAAGACCCUGGCUUUGGGACCCGGUGUAUGGAAGGAAACCCAAUCCCAGACGCACCCUGCUUGGCAGGGGAGGAAGAGUGGGUCACUGCCCAAGUUCCCCAGACCAUUGUAGAUCUCUUCCAAAAUGGAAACUGGACCAUGGAGAAUCCCUCACCCGCCUGCCAGUGUAGCAGUGACAAAAUCAAGAAGAUGCUGCCUGUGUGUCCUCCCGGGGCAGGGGGGCUGCCUCCUCCACAAAGAAAACAGAACACUGCAGACAUCCUUCAGAACCUUACAGGAAGGAACAUCUCGGAUUACCUGGUGAAGACGUAUGUGCAGAUCAUAGCCAAAAGUUUGAAAAACAAGAUCUGGGUGAAUGAGUUUAGGUAUGGUGGCUUUUCUCUGGGUGUCAGCAACUCCCAGGCACUCCCUCCAAGCCGAGAAGUUAAUGAAGCCAUUAAACAAGUGAAGAAACAUUUGAGGCUGGCCAAGGACAGCUCUGCAGAUCGAUUUCUCAACAGCUUGGGGAGGUUCAUGACUGGACUGGACACCAAAAAUAAUGUCAAGGUGUGGUUUAAUAACAAAGGCUGGCAUGCCAUUAGCUCUUUCCUGAAUGUCAUCAACAAUGCCAUUCUCCGGGCCAACCUGCAGAAGGGAGAGAAUCCUACCCGUUAUGGAAUUACUGCUUUCAAUCACCCCCUAAAUCUUACCAAGCAGCAGCUCUCAGAAGUGGCUCUGAUGACCACAUCAGUGGAUGUCCUCGUGUCCAUCUGUGUCAUCUUUGCAAUGUCCUUCGUCCCGGCCAGCUUUGUUGUGUUCCUCAUCCAGGAGCGGGUUAGCAAAGCAAAACACCUGCAGUUCAUCAGUGGAGUGAAGCCUGUCAUCUACUGGCUGUCCAAUUUUGUCUGGGAUAUGUGCAAUUAUGUGGUCCCUGCGACAUUGGUCGUCAUCAUCUUCAUCUGCUUCCAGCAGAAGUCCUAUGUGUCCUCCACCAACCUGCCCGUUCUAGCCCUUCUACUGUUGCUCUAUGGGUGGUCAAUCACACCUCUCAUGUACCCGGCUUCCUUCGUGUUUAAGAUCCCCAGCACAGCCUACGUGGUACUCACCAGUGUGAACCUUUUCAUUGGCAUCAACGGCAGUGUGGCCACUUUUGUUCUGGAGCUCUUCACCAACAAUAAGCUGAAUAACAUCAAUGAUAUCCUGAAGUCUGUGUUUUUGAUAUUCCCACAUUUUUGCCUGGGACGAGGGCUCAUUGACAUGGUGAAAAACCAGGCCAUGGCUGAUGCCCUGGAAAGGUUUGGGGAGAAUCGCUUUGUGUCACCACUCUCCUGGGACUUGGUGGGACGCAACCUCUUCGCUAUGGCUGUGGAAGGGGUGGUGUUUUUCCUCAUUACCGUUCUCAUCCAGUACAGAUUCUUCAUCAGACCCAGACCUGUAAAUGCAAAGCUUCCUCCUCUAAAUGAUGAGGAUGAAGAUGUGAGGCGAGAAAGACAAAGAAUUCUAGAUGGUGGAGGACAAAAUGACAUCUUGGAAAUCAAAGAGCUGACAAAGAUCUAUAGAAGGAAGAGGAAGCCUGCUGUGGACAGGAUUUGUGUUGGCAUUCCUCCUGGCGAGUGCUUUGGGCUUCUGGGUGUAAAUGGAGCUGGGAAAUCUUCCACUUUCAAGAUGCUAACUGGAGACACCACUGUCACCAGAGGAGAUGCUUUCCUUAACAAAAAUAGUAUCUUAUCAAAUAUCCAUGAAGUACAUCAGAACAUGGGCUACUGCCCUCAGUUUGAUGCCAUAACGGAGUUGCUGACUGGAAGAGAGCAUGUGGAGUUCUUUGCCCUCUUGAGAGGAGUCCCAGAGAAAGAAGUUGGCAAGGUUGGAGAGUGGGCAAUUCGGAAGCUGGGCCUUGUGAAAUAUGGAGAAAAAUAUGCCGGUAACUAUAGCGGGGGCAACAAACGCAAGCUCUCAACAGCCAUGGCUUUGAUUGGUGGGCCUCCCGUGGUGUUCCUGGAUGAACCAACCACAGGCAUGGAUCCUAAAGCCCGGCGAUUCCUGUGGAAUUGUGCCCUAAGUGUUGUCAAGGAGGGACGAUCAGUGGUGCUUACAUCUCAUAGUAUGGAAGAAUGUGAAGCUCUGUGCACUAGGAUGGCGAUUAUGGUCAAUGGGAGGUUCAGGUGUCUUGGCAGUGUCCAACAUCUGAAAAAUAGGUUUGGAGAUGGUUAUACGAUAGUUGUACGGAUAGCAGGAUCCAACCCUGACCUGAAACCUGUCCAAGAGUUCUUUGGACUUGCCUUUCCUGGGAGUGUAUUAAAAGAGAAGCACCGGAACAUGUUACAGUACCAGCUUCCAUCUUCAUUAUCUUCUCUAGCCAGGAUAUUCAGCAUCCUCUCCCAGAGCAAAAAGCAACUCCACAUAGAGGACUACUCUGUUUCUCAGACAACGCUUGACCAAGUAUUUGUGAACUUUGCCAAGGACCAAAGUGAUGAUGACCACUUAAAGGACCUGUCAUUACACAAAAACCAGACUGUAGUAGAUGUUGCGGUUCUCACAUCUUUUCUGCAGGAUGAGAAAGUGAAAGAAAGUUAUGUAUGAAGAAUCUUGAUCAUACACAGUGACUGAGAUUAAGGAAGAACCAGAUCUUCCUUUGCUCCAUGUGAAGUGUUCCAGAAGAAAGAACUGCAAGAUUUUGUGGGAAGAAGUAAACUGGAUACUGUACUGAUAUUAUUCAAUGCAAUGCAAUUCAAUGCAAUGAAAACAAAAUUCCAUUACAGGGGCAGUGCCUUUGUAGCUUAUGUUGUAUGCCUCUCAAGUGAAAAAGACUUGAAUACAGUUUAUUACCUUUUACCUAUGUGAAACUCUAGUAUGAAACCCAAUGGACAAAUGGGUUUAAAUCAUACUCCUUUUGUUCCUGUGUAUCUCACUAGGGUUGCAACAAUAACUCAUCAAGUAAUCAUGGCCAGUGAUUAUCAAAAUCAAAAGGCAUGCAUAUCCUCAUUCAUUAAGCCAUGCCAUGCCAGGAGACUGGUUUCCCGGUGACACAUCCAUUGCUGGCAAUGAGUGUGCCAGAAUUACUAGUGCCAAGUUGCUCAGAAACUCUGAAGCACCAUGGUGUGUCCUGCACACUAUUGUGAAAGCUGCUCUGCUCAGAGUCUAACAUCAUUAAAUGUCAGGUGACAAAAUGGUGCCAUGUGUGACUCAAGUCCUGCUUGGUCUCCUCUUUGAUGAGCUGCUCUGGUGUUGGUAACAUGCAAAAUAUGGUUCUCUGGACAUAGGAAACUUGGUUCCAGUAUUAGGGUAUUCUUCCCUUGGAGACAUGGGUCUCCAGGGUCCUGUUUUCAAUGUUCUUAGAUUCCAGUUGACAAGAAAUGGAUCAGCAGCCAAACUACUGGGUCUACAAGUUGCUGAAAUGAGGGCAUGGGGAUUAAAGUGAAGGGAUGUUUAAACCUAAGGACGCUUGUGCCUGCUUACCCUGAUUGUCUACUAACACGGUACACUGCAUCACAAGAUCUUGGUUUUUUGACACAAGGAUAGUUAUUAUUUCUCGCUUUUUGAAUUAAUCUAGAAAAUGAAAAGAUGGUGUUGCAUUUUGACAAAAGAAAACCAACUUUGUACUUUUAAUGUUAUUGGCAAUUUCAAAUUCUAACAGUGACUUGAUAAACCUGCACAUGGUCUCUGUAAAACCCACAUGGCAUGGUGGGAUUAUGACCACACUGCCUCACUGGUUUGUAGAUUAGUCAUCUGGCGAGUGCCCUAGUGAGUAAAAGGCAGUGUGGUGGUGAGGGUCGCAUGGCAUUCUGUCUGAAUUUCUUUAAGAUCAAUUAGAUUACUCUUCACAUCAGUCACGUAUUGAGCUGUUGCUCUAGCUGAAUGCGUAGGGAUGGAUGGAUGGUUAGGGUGGGGAGAAAUGAAGACUCAGCAAGUUUCCUGGAAUGUGGUGUUCAGCUGACUGGUUCACAAAUAUAGGUCGCUUUGUUGCGGUUGGGGGAACUCACUGAAAAAUGAUAGGUCAGUCUUCAUUUUUUAUUGUUUCUUAAAUAACAAUGCAAAGUCAAAGUGUAAGUCACAAGGCCAAACAACGAAUUCUUUCAGAGAAAACAGGAACUUGAACAGCACAGCUUGUGUUUAUGACAUUCAGUGCUUUCAAAUGGUUUGGCAGAGAUGUUAAAUACCCUAUUAAAGCCUUACUAAUCUCAAGUUUUGGAUUUCCUCAGUCACUGACUGAAAAGAAUAAAAACAGUAUGUGUGUCCAUAGACAGAACUUUUCAAACUUUGCCUAUCCACUCUUUAAUUUUUUAGUCAUAAAAUGCUCAAGAAUAUUUUCACUUUGUACUUACUGUCAUCUGUAUUGACAAAACAAUGAGAGAGCUACUUUUGACAAAAUUCAAGUGAUCUUUCAGCAAAAUCACACAUUUCUUCAACUUCUUAAAAAUUCAUAUAUUUACUCUAGAGGUUUAAGAUUUCAGAUCUGGUUCACAUCAAUCUAUUACAUACUUUUAAAUUUAUAUAAUGUUACAUGAUAGAAAAAAACAACUAAGAAAUUAAUGUUACUGUUGUUUUCUAAAAUGAUAAGUAAUGAAAAAUUAUUUCCAAUAACUUUGGGUUGAGAUCAUAUUAUGGCAUCUUCAAAGAUACAUAAUUCCUAAAAUAAUUUAGUUUAAUAUUUUUCAAACCUCUAUUUGUUCUCUUUUAUUUCACUGUAAUUACGUUCUGAUUCUUCAUUACGAUAAAUCCACGAGCAACUCCUCACUUCAAUUAUCCUGACUUGAAGGCCAUGCUUCUUUUUCUUUUUUAAAGCAAAAUAUUUUUGAAAAAAUAAAACACUUCAGUGCAAUUUAAAGGGAUCUUUUCUGAAGUUAGAAACAAUCUGUCGUUACAAAUCAACAUCAUUAAUAGUGUUAUUUUUUUAGACUAUCCAAAAGGCAAUCUUAAAUCUUCCCGUGUAAGCCUAAUUAUGGGGGAGAUUUUUAACUAUACACAUGAUGUAGUGAAAUGUCUAUGUGUUACCUGUGGAAAUGCAGCUGUGUGAGUUUCGAAGAUUCUGACGUGUUCAUAUUUCUGUGCUUGCAUCAUUUGGACACCUUGGAAAACUUAACUGUGAAGAUAAAAAAAUACAAAAGAAAAACCAGUCCUCUGUAAAUAAAUAAAUGCCCAGCACAAUUCAUUGUUAAAAACAACAAAACCUCAAACUACUGUAUUUCAGUGUCUGUACUUCGUGACCAUUACUUGUUGCACAUCAUUCUUUCACUGUAAUCACUGACUAAAGGGAUUUGUCUGUUUUCUUCCUGUGGUUGUAUGUAUCAGGUAAAAUUCUUUCCAAAGAGCCAUGUGUCAUGUAAUACUGAACCACUUUGAUAUUGAAAUACUAAUUUGUACUUUUGUUACUACUUACUAGUAAUAGCGUAUUAUUGCAGUAAUAUUGCUCUAAUUAUUUUCAGAAUCAUUGCGUCCCUUUUUAUACAAUGCUUAUUUCCAUUAGGUUAGGUAUGCUAAUAUCCUUUCUUAUGCCCUAGGAUGAAUCUGUUCUUGUGCUUUUUCUGUUAUUGGCCCUUCAUUCCAAGCACUUUAUGCUGUCUAUAAUGGGAUCUAUUUUUGCACUGGAAUAUCUGAGAACUGCAAAACUAGACAAAGUUUCACAAUAGAUUUCUAAGUUAAAUCGUUUUCAUUAAAAAGAAAAAAAAAUUUGUAUUGUCAAUAACUUUAUAUAAAGUAUUAAAAUGCAUAUUUCUAUGUUGUGAAUGAGUCACAAAAUAAAGCUGUGACAGUUGUGUUUGCAAUUUACUUUUGUGCAUUCAUAGUGCCCCCUACUGUCACUGUGCUACAAAGCCAUUACAAAAGAAGAAAGGUCUUGGUUGCAAUUUGGGUGAAAAGUAAAGAUUUUGGAAAAGAUUCAAAUGUCUUGAAAAUCUUUACUAGUUAAUUUUUUUUUUUUGUACUUUCACGAUUGAGUUAAGAUGUUGCAUAACCUGUGUGAAGAUGAAAAGAUUUUGAAAUAAACUUAUUUUACUUAAUGAUUA